AUGAGCGCGCCCGAGUCGUACCAGCUCGAGUCCCUCCACUCCGAGGUGGACGCCGGCAAGCCGCCCUCGCCCUCGCCGUCGACGGCCUCCAUCGACCCGUCGCAGGUCCGCUGGCUCGAGAACCAGCGCAGCCGCGGGUGCGAGGUCUGCAAGAUCGUGUGCCGCGGCCUCGGCACCGUGUCCUGCGCCAUCAUCGUGGUCAUCUGCUUCGUGUGGUAUUCGUACCGUCCGUAUGUCGUGUUGAAUAUCUGGCCCAGCAUCUGUCUGAUUGCGGCCCUGCCGUCCUUCUUGUGGGAUCUGGCCGAGUUCCUCACCAUCUGCGCCCGCCUCGGCCGCGGCAUCACUCCGAAAGCCCACAUCGGCGUCGAGUUCAUCCUUACUCUGCUCUCCGGCGCGGCCACCAUCUGGGUGAGCCUCCAGCUGAGUUGGAUCGAUCUCAACGUGGCUCUCAACCCGAUUGCUGUCAUCGUGGGCGAGUGCGCCCUCAUGGGCACCAACACAUUGGUGCGUUUCUGGCUCUUUAUCCGCGCCUGCGUCGAACGCCGCCGCGAGAUCCGCCGCCGCAGACCGCGCAUCAUGUACAUUCCCGAAACAGGGCAGACGGUCUACGUCGUCGCGAAGCCCUUCCCCAAGCAACCGACGUGGAAGUCCCAACAAUCGGGCCGCGCGCCGUCGUUCCCGCGGUCGCAGAGCAACGAGAACCCGAGACAGAUUCCCCAGCUCCGCGUCGACGUCCCCGCGUCCUCGCCACAAUUGUUCUUCCAACCCGAGGAGGAGACUCCCCCGCCGCUCCCGGACCGUCCCGCGAAGGAAGAGACUCCUCCCCCGCUUCCUGACCGUCCGUCGGCGGCGGCGCCCCUGGCGUGGAUCAAGAGGAAACCGGUGCGAGGCGUGCCGCCGAAUAUCCCGCCGGGGGACCACGAGCGGUAUAUGAAGCCGAGCAUGAGGCCGCCGCCGGACGAUUACGUGCCGGACGAGGCGGAGCUGGAGAGGAUGAGGCGGGGGGACGCGCAGCCGCAGUUGAUCCUGCCCGGGGACGUGGACUUGAAGUUUGCGACGAGCAUCACGGGGAUGACGCCGGCUGAUGCGGACUCGAGGGAGGGAAAGUUCAGGAUGGUGAGGCAUGCGGGGACGGGGGAGUCUUCGCGGGCAGGGGCGAGGGCGAUGUCGAUGUGA